AUGUCCCACCAACCACUUAGCUGCCUGACUGAGAAGGGGGACAGCCCCAACGAAACCACAGGAAAUGGACCCCCCAAUCUGGCUCACCCAAACCUGGACACGUUCACCCCACACGAGCUGCUGCAGCAGAUGAGAGAGCUUCUAAUCGAGAACCAUCAGUUGAAAGAAGCCAUGAAGCUAAACAAUCAAGCUAUGAAAGGGCGAUUUGAGGAGCUUUCAGCUUGGACAGAGAAGCAGAAGGAAGAACGCCUUUAUUUUGAGACUCAGAGCAAAGAAGCCAAAGAGCGCUUAACGGCACUGAGCCUUGAAAAUGAAAAACUGAAGCAAGAACUUGGAAAAUUAACAGGGAAAACUGAAAGGGCAUUUGAGGACAUCACUGGGGACCCCAAGGUCCCCAAGGCAGAAGUGGAACAAGAAGUGGAACAGCUGAAGACCCAGGUGGCACGCCUCCAAGCUGAAAAGGCAGAUCUUCUGGGCAUCGUGUCUGAAUUGCAACUCAAGCUGAAUUCAGGCGGUUCCUCCGAAGACUCCUUUGUUGAAAUCAGGAUGGCUGAGGGCGAAGCAGCUGUGGCAGCAAAAGAAAUCAAGACAAGUCCUGGGCCCACAAGAACUCAUUCUGUUGACAGGAGCAAAUCUGCAGAAGGUACCAGGAAUUAUGUGGAGUUUGAGGAAUUAACUGUGAGCCAGCUCCUGCAUUGUCUAAGGGAAGGAAACCAGAAGGUGGAGAGACUUGAAAUUGCCCUCAAGGAAGCCAAAGAAAGAAUUUCUGAUUUUGAAAAGAAAGCCAAGGAUCAUUCUGAGACUGAGACCCAGACAGAGGAGCACACAGAACAAGAGAAAGAAGAGGAGAAAGACACCAAAACUAUUGGAAGUGAAGUGGAAACACUGAACCUUCAGGUGACAACCCUGUUUAAGGAGCUUCAGGAAGCUCACACGAAACUCAGUGAAGCUGAGCUAAUGAAGAAGAGACUUCAAGAAAAAUGUCAGGCUCUUGAAAGGAAAAAUUCUGCAAGCCCAUCAGAGCUGAAUGAAAAACAAGAGCUGGUUUAUAAAAACAAAAAAUUAGAGCUCCAAGUAGAAAGCAUGCGAUCAGAAAUCAAAAUGGAACAAGCUAAAACAGAAGAUGAAAAGUCCAAAUUAGGCACUCUACAGUUGACACACAACAGGCUUCUUCAAGAAUACAAUAACGCACUGAAGACAAUUGAGGAACUAAAAAGGAGAGAGUCAGAAAAAGUGGAUAAGGUGGUGCUGCAGGAACUGAGUGGGAAGCUGGAACUGGCAGAGAAGGCCCUGGCUUCCAAGCAGCUCCAAAUGGAUGGGAUGAAGCAGACCAUCGCCAAGCAGGAGAAGGACCUGGAGACCAUGGCCGUCCUCAGGGCUCAGAUGGAGGUUUAUUGUUCUGAUUUUCAUGCUGAAAGAGCAGCAAGAGAGAAGAUUCAUGAAGAAAAGGAGCAGCUGGCAUUGCAGCUGGCAGUUCUGCUGAAAGAAAACAAUGAUUUUGAAGAUGGAGGCAGGCAGACCUUAAUGGAAAUGCAGAGCCGUCACGGGGCAAGAGCAAGUGACGCUGACCAGCAGGCUUAUCUCGUUCAAAGAGGAGCCGAGGAUAGAAACUGGCUGCAGCAGCAACAGAAUAUUCCAAUUCAUUCUUGCCCCAAAUGUGGAGAAGUUCUGCCCGACAUAGAUACACUACUGAUUCAUGUUACGGACUGUAUCAUUUAA